CCGAAGUUGCGUAAUGACGUCGUGCGUGACCUGCCGGGGGUUUCCAGGGCAACUUGAAUUGUUUUAGGAUUACGGCGUGCACGCAGAACUAUUCAGUCGCUUUAUUACAUUGGAUAAAUCAUUCUUUUGUAACGAUCUUGCUUUUAAUCUUCAAAAGACCGUUCACAACAGUAACAGUAGGUGAAAACGGUGUUUUUAAAUCCUGUGCACUGUAAUUUAAAAAAAGUUUACUAAGUAUUGUUGUGUACUAAAUCAGGUCACAUUCAGUAAAUUGUGGUGAUGUUGAUUUGCACCAGGUUUAAACUCGAAAAGACUCCAACUGAUAAGGAUUUCAUUUAAUUUUUGCACCUUAAAUGUUACUAAAUGAAUGCUGAAAAGUUUGUUUAUUGUGGAGCCAAGAAGUUAUUUUUUAACUUUAUUUGGCAUGAGUAGGCUUUUAAAGUUUAAAAACACAAUGUCAAACUUCGCAGCUGAUUUAUUUACAUAGCUUAGUAUAUUUCUGCAAUGCAGUGUCUUCAACUUCAGUGUUUUGGGAAUGAAUUGGGGAAAAACCAAGCACACGUUUGUGAGCACAUUAAAUGUAAGGACCUCCAAAUGAUGCUCCACAGUCGAGAGGUUCAGAGCUUUCUGAGACCUCUUUCACAACUCUGCCACAUGGAUGUCAGUUUUGACAGGGUGACAGACAGGUCUAAAGAGGUGAAAUCAGCGUUUUCAACUUAUAAGAAGAAUAAAAGUGCUCCAACCUCUUUGACACAGUUGUGCAAACAACUGGAGGAGAGAAUCACCCAGAAAUCACAGCAUUACUCCAUCAGCCAUGAAGACAGACAGUCUCUGACUGCAGUGUUGACCUCUGAGCUGAGUCUGAUCUGGCAAGACCUGAAAACCCCGUCUGUGGACACCACGCUGACCCAUGAAGAGAAAGUGCUCCUUACCUGCCAGACCUUCAGUGAGGUGCUGCACAUCUGUGAGCAGCUGUUUCUGCAAUCCUUGCACCUGCUGGAGACUCUGCGGAGGCGAGGUGUCUUCAGCAAUCAUAUCAACCGCAGCAGGGUGGCAGCUCAGCUCGCUAUUGACUGCACCAGUCUCUUGAACGUUCGCUCCAUAAGAUGCAGAAUUGUCACAGGAAUCAAGGAUGCACGGAAGUGCAAACAAAGUGCUGUUACACAUAACAAUGAAAGGUCCAGGAUGGCCACAUCAUGGGAAAAAGCAUUGGAGGAUGACCUCAAAGAGAUUCAGGAGAGAAUCGGAGAGCUGGAUCUACAAUGUGUGUAUGACCUCCUGCCCUGUAACAUGGAGCCAAUCGCCUAUGAGACGGACACACAAUGUUCUAAAGCCAAUAAAUCGAUCAUAGUGAAACAAGAGCAGGAUCAGAGUCCACCUCAAAACCGACUGGUCAGAAUAAAGGGAUGUCAUUCCAUGCCUGACCUACAGAGGGAAACACUGCUGGAGGAGCUGGAGAUAAGGCUACUCGAUCCACCUUCAUCCCCAUUAGUCCUGUUGUCCACAGAUCCUACCUCCAGCCUGGAGAAACGCAUCAGUCCUGGAGAAGAUCUGAAGAGAUUAUUACAGGAGAGAGAUUACAAGGAUGAUGGUAACUGUGGGACAGAUCUGUGCUCACUUAUAGAAUCCCUAACCUGCUAUAGUCCCAGCAGACUCCAAAGGCUCAAAGAAAAACUACAGAAAAUGGAGGAAGAGGAGGAAACCAAGAAGCACAAAGUUCUUGUGAAGAAACCUCUGCACCCACAAGGAGAUGUGGUCAGUGUGACGUUUUCUCCUCAGAACAUCAUGCGCACAGCAGCGGCCAAAGUGUCUGAUCGGAUUCUCCCAGAGACCAUCAAACUCGGCAUGUACCCACCAGUCUACAAUGAGAUUGAUUCCGCAUCGGUCACUCUGACGGAUCAGAUCUUGGUUGCAGAAAAAAUGGAUAUCGGCAAAGUCUUUGAAGAGCUAUCCAGAAGUAUUUCAACAAAGUAUUUCAACUUUGAUGAGGACUCCAGGAUUGAACCUGCCCUGACAAAUGUCACAUUCUGCCCAAAAAGAGUGAUUAAUGACCAGCUAAUGAACCCAUCUCUCAGGAGGCCCAAUCAAUACAGCAUAUCCCACAGAGAGAGAGCAGAGAGGGCUGCGAACAGGAAGUGGCCUGUGAAUACGACCGCUCGAGCGUACAGAGCCUGGUUUCAGUGGUGGAGGUGUCAACUAUCAAUGGAUGAUUAUCUUAACUACAUUUCUAAUCAGGACUCUGAUUAUCUGUCAGUGCUGUUUCACCUGUAUGACAGUGAGGAUGAUGAUGAUGAAGAGGCAGAGAGACACAAGCUGGCUCAGCUGCAGAGAGACGAAAGGAGAAGAAGGCAACAGGAAAGGAUCAGUUCACUUAGGAGACAGAAACAAGAAUUUGUUCCUGGAUUCUGGAACAUCAACACCAUAGAGAUGGGAGGACUGGGAAGGGAACCAGAAAUGGAUGAGAAAAAUCCAGAAGAGGAAAUACAAGAAGCAUCUGAAGGAGAGGAAGGUGAAGGUCCAGCUGCUGGACUUCUGGAUGGAGAACAGAUGCAGGUCAGGCUGGAGAGGGUCUGGAAUACCCUGUAUCUGCCAGAAGGACAGCGACUAGACAUGGCCAUCAAAUACAGCUCUCAUGAGUACAGAAACCGUCUGCAGGAGGCAAUUGCUGCAUGGGAGCAGGGUGCUGGGUUGAUCCAGAAGAGGGAGCUCUUGCUCUCCAGGUUGGAAGACUUUGAGCGGGAGGCAUCUGACCCCAACAGAUUUUUCCAGCGAGGUUAUAAUGGUUCAUCCAUCGCUAGAAUGGAAGAGGCAAGUCAAAGGGAGAAGAUCAACUCUCAGAUUUCAGUUGUAGACCAAGAACUGUCCAAGACUAUGGGCCACAUCACAACCUGUUUCAAUGAUAACAUCAGCUAUAAGGGGCGGCCGUACAGAGAGAAGAUGCGCUGGGACCGUACUGAGAUGCUGUACUGGCUGCAGCAGGAGAGGAGGGUCCAGUCUCUGGAGAUGUUUGUAGAUGGACGGAUGGCUCUGCCUGUAAGGCUUCCUCCUUUGAACCAAAGCAAGGAGCUUCAACUUGGCAACCAUCAAACCCUCCAGGAACAGCCUCAAAUUAAUGCAACACUGUGAACUCUAAAAAAAUAUACCAUAGUAUUGCAAAUAAAGCAAGAUCUGUCAGUUUUGUA